GUUCGCGUUGACAAUGCUAGGCAGAACCUGUGGCUGAGAACUCUUAGGGGUUUUGUUUCUGGGGAUUGGUUUGUUUGUUUGUUUGCUGUUUGUUUCGUGUUUGUUUGGUAGUUGUGUCUGUUUGGUUUGUUGUUUGAGUGACUCAUCGAAGGAAUAAGCCCGAGCGUUCCUAUCCAUCCACGCCCUGAGUGUGAGAGCAGGAAGGUUGAUGACACAAUUGCACAAGGGCAACCGUGCAGUAUUCCAAGAGCAUUCGCGUUUCAUCGCAGCCACAGUGCCUAUUCACAGCCCGACUUAAACCCACCAGCGUCUCCUUUAAAUGUAUGGGACAGUCCCCUGUUAUAAAGUGUCUCCCGCUUGGUCCUCAGAUCACAGCUCCUGCCACCCACGCCUCAAGAAGAAAAUCUCGCACCGGCCCAGCUGGUCUUUGGGCAUCUCCCAUAAUACAAUAGGCAGCUCCAUCCCCUCUUAAAUGCUCCCUCCCAGCUCUACCGCCUUUCCAUCGCUGAGAUCUCCCCAAUGUCAUCCCCCCCCACCCCACCCCCGUAAAACCUGUGUGAUCUCAACAUCUCCCCCGGAGGUUGCUGUGAGCCUCUGAACUGAACGGCGACUGCAGGAAAAUGAGCGUGCUGGAAGCUCCAGGCGCAGGUGGAGGUGAGCAGCCAUAACCUGGGGACCAACGCAGCGCCGACUUCUUCCUUUGGCCGCUAGAGGGGACUCCUGCAGAGCUUGGCCAGAGUCAGAAGACAAGCCCUCAGCUUUGGGGAGAGAUACGAGCCGCUUCCUUCUCAGGGAAGCUGAGGAUGCGACAGUAAAUCAACCAAAAGAGACCAGAGGAGUCCUUUGGCUGAGGAAGGGAGCUAGGCGGCUGCUGGAAGGAGGUGAACACCGGGAGACAUGGCUUCCAGUUCACACCCUGCCUAGCAGCAGGUCCACCGCCCAGCCUAGCCCGGCAGGAUGCCCCACUAGACAGCCAUGGACGGAGCCCACAGUGCAGGUCUACAGCUGCAGCCGCUCCCACCCACCAGCAGCGCCACCUCCACCAGCCUGAGCAGCAGCGAAGGCUCCUUCUCCUACAAGGAAAACUUGAUUGGUGCGCUCUUGGCCAUUUUUGGGCAUCUGGUGGUCAGCAUCGCCCUUAACCUGCAGAAAUACUGCCACAUCCGCCUGGCAGGCUCCAAGGACCCCCGAGCCUACUUCAAGACCAAGACAUGGUGGCUGGGGCUGCUCCUGCUGCUGCUGGGGGAGCUGGGCGUGUUCGCCUCCUACGCCUUCGCUCCACUGUCGCUCAUCGUCCCCCUCAGUGCUGUCUCUGUGAUAGCAAGCGCCAUCAUCGGAAUCAUAUUCAUCAAAGAAAAAUGGAAACCUAAGGACUUUGUGAGACGCUACAUCUUGUCCUUUGUUGGCUGCGGUUUGGCGAUCGUGGGCACCUACCUGCUAGUGACAUUUGCACCCAACAGUCAUGAGAAAAUGACAGGCGAGAACAUCGCCAGGCACCUUGUGAGCUGGCCUUUUCUCCUGUACAUGCUGGUGGCAAUCAUCCUGUUCUGUCUGCUGCUAUACUUCUACAAGGAGAAGAACGCCAACAGCAUCGUUGUGAUUCUCCUCCUGGUGGCCCUGCUUGGUUCCAUGACGGUGGUGACGGUCAAGGCUGUAGCAGGCAUGCUGGUGCUGUCCAUCCAAGGCAACCUGCAGCUGGACUACCCCAUCUUCUACGUGAUGUUUGUGUGCAUGGUGGCCACUGCCAUCUACCAGGCCACGUUUCUGAGUCAAGCCUCUCAGAUCUAUGACUCCUCCUUGAUCGCCAGCGUAGGCUACAUCCUGUCCACCACGGUGGCCAUCACAGCAGGUGCGAUCUUCUACCUGGACUUCCUCGGGGAGGAAGCUCUGCACAUCUGUAUGUUUGCGCUGGGGUGUCUCAUCGCCUUCUUGGGCGUGUUCCUAAUCACUCGAAACAGGAAGAAGGCCAUUCCGUUUGAGCCCUAUAUUUCCAUGGAUGCCAUGCCAGGUAUGCAGGACAUGCAUGCAAAAGGGAUGACGGUCCAGCCUGACCUCAAAGCUUCUUUUUCCUACGGAGCCUUGGAAAACAACGACAGCAUUUCCGAGAUCUAUACCCCAGCCACACUGCCCGUCAUGCAGGAGGAGCACAGCUCCAGAAAUACCCCUGGGGUUCCCUACCGCGUCCUGGAGCACACCAAGAAGGAGUGAUCGGCCUCCCUUGGGAUUGUCACUGCCCAACGGCCACCCGUGGUCCCCACCCUUCAUUGCCCAAACUGCCUUUCAAGUAUCCUGGUUUCAAAUGGAGAAGUCUGUGCAAGAUGACCUUGCGAGGCCCCUGUCUCGGGCAGAGAAGCCAUUCAAUGACCUUGGCUUUGGAAAUUUCAAAUAGUGGGGGGAGAAUCCCAGGUAGGCUAUGUGGCCAGUGAAGCUAGCAACUUUACCUCCUUGGCCAGUCAGUGAGCGUCAGGUUACAGUCACAGGCUUCCACACAUUCCUUGGAGUGAAAGGAAGACAGAGUGAGUCUGUUCCCUCUUUGCAAAUCCAGCAAAAGGCUGGAGACGUCCACCACUGGUCCUCCUCUACCCAGCACGUGUGCCUCAGCUCUACCUGGUUCACUCACCAUUCUCUAUCUCUGAGGAUAUUGCUGUCCCUUUAGCCAGGCCCAGCAGGGCCAACCCUGCGUGGAACAAGCUGUUAUUUGCACCUGUUGUUCAUGGGCUUCCCAUCUCCUGGGCCCUUCUGUGAAGACCUGGUGGUGAGUGAUUGCUGGGUCUCUAAGGAAAUCUGGCUUCGUUCCAGUCCUUGGAGAUUAUCCCAUUGCUUCCUCCCUCCCAAAGAAGCCAGGAGAGCAGAGGUAGAGGGGGGCGGGAGCAAGGGGUGGGGGCUGUUUUCAGCCCACUCUGUUUCCAGUUGGUAAGAAAGGCUCCCAUGACUCUCUUGUCCAGUCCUAGAGGAUGCACCUGUAGGGCGAGCAAGCUACUCUUUCUCCUGCACACCUGGCUCCAGGGAAGAUCCACUUCAGUCUCCUCCCCUUGUCCCCCCUCCCCUCCCCUCCCCUCCCGCUAGCUAAGCCCCAGCUGCCGGUUCCCAGCCAGGCUCAGGCAGAGCAGGCAUCUUCACAAAUAGGUCUGCAGCUUUCUUCCUGUCUGUUCCUGUCUGUUCUGCGGGUAGCCUCCCCCUUUCUCUCCCCCACUCCCCAACCAACGCACACACUUGAGAGUAGCUGGCAAAGGCUUGCAGACUUUGAUGGGCAUUAGAAUUCCAGAGGAGUUUGUUUAAAAUAUAAGUUCCUCACUCCAA